UACAGUGACGUCAUCUCUGCGCGCCGCGCGGUGUCCCAGUUCCCCUCCCCCCCCCCGGCGGGGCCGCCGCGCUCCGGGCCCGGCUGAGGCCGCGGUGACGUCAUCGGGCGGCAUGGCGGGCGUGUCCUUCGAGGAGUUCUCGGCGCCGCCGGGCUCGGAGCUGGCGCUGGAGCCGCUCUUCGGGGGGAACAUUCUGGAAAGCGAAGGAGAGCCCGAGGCGGGGCCCGAGGGGGGAGGGGCGGCUCCGCCCCCGCCCCUCCCCCCUCCGCCCCGCCCCCACCGCGGGGGGAGCGGCCAGGAGGGGGGGGAGGGGCAGGGGGUGGGGGAGGGGGGCGAGGACUCCCCCGAGCUGCGGCGGCGCCGGCUGAAGCUGCAGGCGCUGGGACGGCGCUGCCGGGAGAUCCGGCAGGUGAACGCGCGGGCGCUGCAGCGGCUGCGGCAGGUGCAGAGAGAGACCCGGAGACUGCAGCUGGAGCGCAGGUUCCUGAUGCAGGUGCUGGACUCGCACGGGGAUCGCUACCGGCAGGGCCAGCUCACCGUGCUGCUGCAGGACGAGGGGGGUCCCCCCGGGGGGGUCCCGGCCGCCCCCACCCCCGGCAAUGCCGAGAACGAGCCCCCCGAGCGGGGCCGCCCGCCCCUCCCCCCGCGCCCCCCCAGCCCCCCCCGGAGCCCCCCGGGCCCAAACGCGCCGCCGGGACCCCCGGGGGGGGAGGGGGGGCAGGGGGGACCCCAAAAUCCCCCC